GCCUCCCAUUGCUGCUGGAAAGUUGUUUAAGAGGAAUGCCAUGUAGCCCUAUAUAAAAUCCUCAUGGGCCUUCCAAGGUCCAGAUUCUGUCAUGGGGUCCCUGAGGGGCCUCCCAUAGCUGCUGCCAGGCCCCUAAUCUGCCAUGGGCCCUAUAUACCGCCUCCUCAUGCUGCUGCCAGGUCCAAGUCUCUCAUGGGUCCCUGUAACGGCCUCCCAUUGCUGCUGUCUCCAUCGCCACACUCUGCCAUGUGCCCACUUUCAGGUCUCCUCACACACUGCUGGUGUGAAGAAUUUUUUGACAUAGGGUGCUGGCAGAUUACGGGCCUCCCAUUAGCUGCUGCCAGGCCCCUAAUCUGCCAUGGGCCCCUAUAUAACCGCCUCCUCAUGCUGCUGCCAGGUCCAAUGUCUCUCAUGGGUCCCUGUAACGCCUCCCCUUUGCUGCUGUCUCCAUCGCCACACUCUGCCAUGUGCCAAUUUCAGGUCACCUCACACAUAGGUGUGUAGAAUUUUUUGACAUAGGGUGCUGGCAGAUUACGGGCCUCCCAUAGCUGCUGCCAG